AUGAAGCAUUGUUGUGAUUAUGAAAUCACACGAAGGGUUUGUGACAGUAGUCCUUGCAAAAAUGGUGGUCAUUGCUAUGACGACGAUAACUCUUUCGUAUGUGUAUGCCAUUCUGGAUUUGAAGGAAUACAUUGUGAAAAUGGACGGACCAUAACGCACCCACCAACGGCGACAAUACGUUACACUGUAUCCCCAGCUGGGCAAGAGACGACAUUAUUAAAUAAAAUAGACCUCUCGAAUGUGUCUCUAACAAAUACAUCAUCAUCAGUAUCAACGACAGCAACAUACUCAACAAAAACUGCCACAGCUGCAUCAACGACAACAGCUUACCCAACAAAAACUGCCAUACCUGUAUCAAAUACAACAGCUUACCAAGCAACAACUGCCACCUCAGCUGCGUCAGUGAAAAGAACAACAUCGUUUGCAAAUGAAUCAACCACAACAGCUCACCCUACUACAACCGAUGUAUCUCCAAAACAAACAGCUACAACUCUAUUGACUCAUACAACAAAGCAUGCAACUAAAGUUGACACUUUCACUGAACAGAACACGGAUGGCAAUGUCGUAAAUCCAUUCAUGAUGCCAAAUGUACAAUCGUGUGAUAAGCAGAGUCUUCUGCUUGAUUUAUCAAAAAGAUCUGUUUUACGAAGUGUUAACGAUACAAAAUGCUUGUCUGGAGAAAGUUCAAAAUCCCAUGCUGUAGUGUUGACCCGUUGUGCCGCACCAGGAAUAUCGUCAUGGAAACGGGGUGUGCAGGUAUCAAAAUAUUGUGGCAUUUUGCCAAGUUUUAUAGCAGUGGCACAGUUUCGCCGUGACGUUUUGAUCGAAUCGGCAGUUCUGGUAUCUUGUGAUAAGCAAAAUGAUACCUUGCAGAUUUUAUCACAACCAUGUGAUGGGUCUAUUAGACUAAGAAACGUAACGUGGCCAAUAACAGAUACAUUUUAUACUGUUAAAUGGAGAAUUUGAUAGAAUAUGAAAGACAUUUGUAGAUUGUAGCAUAAACAAAUAGUUAUGACUAGAAUUUGACAAAUUAAGAUGUUUCUUAUAUAGAUGUAUCUGUGAA